AUUCCCGCUAAUUUUACCAUACCGCGUCUGGCGUUUCACUAAGCGUCACGGCUGAAAUCACAGUGUUCAGACCAAGAAGUAGGUCACGUUCAUGUUUAUGAUAUCUGAGGACAGGACGGACAGGUAUCUUGGACCAUGGUUAUUCUAAAUCACGUGAUAAGAAUGGUCGUAUCAGCCCUAUCCCUAUAUCAGAGUAAUGCUUUGUGGCGUGAUCUAACACUAAGCGACGAAGGGAGCUCAGAAUGUCCAGGGGUGUAUAACCAGAUAGAGUUCUCGUCCAAUUGCACUGUAUCAUGUCCGCGGGCUGCACCACUACAGUUCCAACAGCUAUGCCUUGCGUUUUGCCCAUAUGGGUACCAAUACAAUUCUCCCGAUACGUGUAGUAAUGCAACAGGACUUAUUGAUGAUAAGUCAUCGAACCACUGUCAGGUGGUUACAUGCCCCAGUGAUAAGCCGUUAUGUUACGACACACAGUGUUUGUCCGUUUGUCCGAAUGGAACUCUCCCUGAUGAAGGCAAUUGCAUGCAUGAUUGUUCAGACACAUCUCCGCUUGUCCUGAAUGACUCUUGUGUGUCGAGCUGUCCCGCGGACAGCCCAUAUAACGAAUAUGGACAUUGUGUGUCAGCUUGUUCUACGAGAUAUUUCCUCCACGGCCAGACCUGUUUCAGAACAUGUCCCCAACACACGCACCAGUAUCUUUCUACGUGCGUCGAUGUCUGUCCACCUGAAGCCCCGAAAUCUCUCGGAGUUUGGAAUAUUAGUCUCUGCGUCACUUCCUGUCCCGAGUUUACAUCCACCAAUGGCAGCAAGUGUGAAGUUCAAUGUCCUAAUGGACAGGACUAUCUAUGGAACGGCUCGUGUGUCAGGGAAUGCCCUGUGAUAGCUCCGUAUGUAUAUGUAUUAACUCGCCGCCUCCCACCGUACGUGAUACCAAUAUGUACACCUGUGUGUCCUGAUCACUAUUAUAUCGAAGCAAAUAACUGUGUACCAACAUGUUCACCCGCCAGGUAUCUAAUGAACUCCACUUGUGAAGCUAGCUGUCCGGAAACUCAUCCAUAUUUUACUGGAAAAUCUCCACCUUUUACAUGUGUUCAGAGCUGUAACCGUAAGCAAAUUCUAAAUAUAGACCAUUGUGUUAAAUCAUGUCCUAUUGGUCGUCUUAUAUUCAAUAGGACAUGCGUAGACGAUUGCCCGGUGACACAUAUCUACAAAGUUAAUCAGACGUGUUUGUCUCGUUGUCCAUCGCCAAUGGUGGUAUACAACGGAAGUUGUCAAAGCUCGUGUCCUAGCAUUGCCAGGUAUUCAUACAAUGGACAAUGUAUUAGCGUGUGCCCGAAUUCGCAUCCAUCUUUCCGUCGAACUCAGUCUGGUAACGUUGUAUGUCAAACAACUGCGAUUUGCCCAGAAGGAGAAUUCACGUGGAAUAAUCAAUGUUUUUAUCAAUGUCCCGAUAACACUGUUUUCAUCAAUUCGACAUGUCUGCGAAAAUGCCCUUUGUCUCAUAAGCUUAAAUACCGAAGUGACAAGCAUCGAUCAGUCCUGUCAAUGGAAUGUGUUGCAGAAUGUGCUGAAAAUACAUUUAUGAAAGAGGAUUUCUGUUUUGAUCAUUGCGAUCCGCCAUUAGUAGGGUUCCCGGAUAAUAACACGUGUUUAGAGCGCUGCCCAGACUCUCAUAAAUGGCGUUCUGUUACUACUACAAAUUCCAAGCAAUUGGCUUUUACUUGUGUUGCUAACUGUUCUGCACCGCGUUUAGUCGAUAAUGAUAAGUGUCAUUUCACAUGUCCAGACUCUAAACCGUUCGCUGUGAAUCAAACUUGUUUAAAGAGUUGUCCAAACGAUUCAAGUUUAAGGACACCGUUUGGGAACGGUAUGACUUGUUCAAAAACAUGCCCUGAAACCUACAUACAGGAAAAUGAUACUUGUGUAUUAAAAUGUUCACAUGGUAAAGUUAUAAUAAACAAAGUAUGUGUGGAUGUUACAAAUUGUGCUAAUGAAUACCAAUUUAUCGAGUAUUCACCCCAUGGUACUAUAUGCCGGAAGCGUUGCCUAGACAACCAGUUCGUUGAUAACAUCCAGUGUGUGACGUCAUGUCCGUCAUUUUCUGUUGGGCAAUUAUGUGUUGAGACGUGUCCAAGCGAUCAAAAGUUUACACGAGGAGAGCACAAUUCAUCAGACGGUCAUGCUGAUAGAAAAUGUUACGAAGAAUGCCCCAGCAAGACAUACGCGAAUGGGACCAAGUGCAUGGCCAUUGAUUGUCCAAUGAAAUAUCUUGCUGAUUCUCGAACAUGUGUGUCUUCAUGUACUAUCUCCCAUCCGUACUUAGAGGAACUCUUCAAGUGCGUGAAUAAGUGUUCAGACGGUUACAUAAUAAUGGGAAGAACUUGUAUAAGAAAGAGUUUUUGUCUCAAGGAUAAAGGUUUCUUUGUGUAUGAUAAACAAUGUGUGAAUUCGUGCCCCACUGGUACCUUCGUGAAUUAUAUCCGUGACGGCUGUAUUUUAUCUAGUAUAGUAUACCUUUUGAUAGUAACUGGAGUGAUCUGUACUGUGUUGUUAACUUCUGGUGCGGUUUGGUUCUACUACAGCAAGAAAAGAAAGAAUUGCAAGACCUGUUUCUCCAUGAUGCAGGGGCGAUAUGCCAGGGACAUUCCGCUGUUAACGGCAGAAUCACUGACAGAAGAUGAUACACUGGCAGAAACAGGAAACGACCCUGAAAGGACGAGGGACGUGGUUCUAUGAACAGUGUUAAAGUCCAGGGAAAUUACAGGGAUGGCACGUAUAUUACAAUUAUACAAUUGUGUAAGUUGGGUUUGUGUCAUUUGCAAACCUUAUUUAUGUACGUUGGUAAAUUGUAAAUCUUCGACAUGAAAGGACCACAGGAAAAACCAUUAACCAACGAUUAAGGAAAUUGAAAGUUUGUUCGGCAAAAUUAAAAGCGUUUUCUUCACCUUAGGUGGCCAUCCGUCUUCGACACCAGGGGUCACGCUCACUUUUCUCUCUGCAUCCCUGAAUAUGGCAUAGCAAAAUCGAAGGUUCUAUCAAAAGAAUUUGGUGGUCGCGUAACGGUAAAAGUGACUGGCUUGGAAGUCGGGUGUCGCUCCUUUGUAAUCUUCAAAAGAUAGGUACAGUAUCAGACCAACGAUCGGUCAGGAUUUUAUUUUACCAGAUACCAAUCAAAUAGCUAGCCGCGUGCCUUAAAUGUUGAUAUGGCACACUCCAGGGGUGCAGAGAGCGAACGUGAGCGUAACCCCUGGAGUAUCGAGGAUGGUGGCCAUCAUGCUUUAAAAAAAACUGUAUAGGUCAACACUAAACGACCUUCAUUUACAAUUUAAUUUAUGACAACGAUAGAGAAUGUGAACUCUUAAACAACUAUUGUACAUGUACAAAUCGGUGAUAUAGUAUAUUUAGUUUGUGGAGUACACGGCAGUGGUGAAGUUUUCAUCUCUUAUAGAGAAAUCGUGAGGUAUAUAUCAGCAAACGGUUAAGUGAUUGUGAAGUACACAUAUUUGUUAUUGUAAUUGUGAAGAACGCAUAUUUGUUAGAGUAAUUGUUAAGUAUACAUAUUGAAUAGAGUAUUUGUAAAGGACAUAUCAGCGUUAGAGUAAGUGUGAAGUACAUAUUUGUGUAAGAGUAAUUGUUAAAAACACAUUAUUUGUGAGAAUAAUCGUGAAGUACAUAUCAGUGUUAGAGUAAUUGUUUAGUACAAAUAUUUGUAAAAGUAAUUGUGAAGUGUGAAGUACAUAUCGGUGUUAGAGUAAUUGUGAAGUGUGAAGUAUAUAUCGGUGUUAGAGUAAUUGUGAAGUACAUAUCGGUGUUAGAGUAAUUGUGAAGUACACAUUAUUUGAUAGUAAUUGUGAAUUACACAUUAUUUGAUAGUAAUUGUGAAGUACACAUUGUUUGAUAGUAAUUGUGAAGGACCCAUAUUUGUUAGAAUAAUUGUGAAGUAAACAUAUUUGGUUAAGUACUUGUGAAGUAUACAUCAGUGUUGGAGUAAGUGUGAAGUACACAUUAUUUGUAAGAGUAAUUGUGAAGUACACAUCAUUUGUUGGUGUAAUUGUGAAGGACACAUAUUUGUUAAAAUAAUUGUGAAGUACACAUCAGUGUUAAAAUAGGUGUGAAGUUCAUAUAGCUGUUAAAGUAAUUGUAAAGUAUACAAUAUUUAUUAGAAUAAUUGUGAAAUACAUAUAUUUGUUAGAGUAGCUGUGAAGUACAUAUCGGUGUAAGAGUAAUUGUAAAGUACACAUAUUUGUUAUAGUAAUUGUGAAGUACACAUCAUUUGUUGGUGUAUUUGUGAAGUACACAUAUUUGUUAAAAUAAUUGUGAAGUACACAUCAGUGUUAAAAUAGGUUUGAAGUUCAUAUAGCUGUUAAAGUAAUUGUAAAGUAUACAAUAUUUAUUAGAAUAAUUGUGAAAUACAUAUAUUUGUUAGAGUAGCUGUGAAGUACAUAUCGGUGUAAGAGUAAUUGUAAAGUACACAUAUUUGUUAUAGUAAUUGUGAAAUACAUUUUUUUGUUAUAGUAUACUGUACAUAGAUUUGUUUUAUCGGAUAAAUAAACCCUUAUUUCUGUAUUUGGAUUUUAAAGGUUAAAACAUCUGCAGACUUUGCUUGAAAGAUAUGAUAAUGUAAAUAGAAUAUACAUUUU